AUGAAAGUGCUUUUAGUGCUCACACUCAUUCCAUGGCUGACCAAGCAGAGCAAUCCAGACUUGCCAAAAGUACCCAUCACUGAGCUGCAAGGAGUUGCUGUGAAAGGACGACUAAUGUGUGGUGAUAAACCAUUAAGUGGAGCAAUUCUCAAGAUUGUUGAUCGAGAUCAUGGUGCAGAUAAGGACGACUUACUAGAUCAAGCAAAGACAGGAGAUGACGGAAUAUUCUACCUGAGAGGGGGUACUCACGAAGACACCCAAAUAGAGCCCGCUCUCAAAAUCUACCAUGACUGUGGACACAAGUACAAGGCAUGUAAACGUCGUGUGUACUGGAUGCUCCCGGCUAAGUACAUCAAUAAUGGUACGAUCACGGAAUGGAUGGAUAUCGGGUCAAUUAACAUGGAAAUCAACUUUGGUAAUGAAGAACGUGAUUGCCGGCAUAAGAGGCAUCGGCCCCACUAG